AUGGCGGACGCAGCGCUGAAAGCCGCGUGCACUGAACUGCAGCGCCAGUUCCAUGCGCUCGAGUCGAGCACGUCGAACGAGAUGCAGCAACUUUCCGAGAUCGGCGCGCAGCUGUCCGAGCUCAAGCUGAUGCUCACGGACCACGACCUUCUUUACCCGCACGAUGCACACAAUCAAGAAGCGCUCGUGCUUGCGCGCGAGGUGUUUGAGAUCGGAGUCCUGUGGAGUAUCCGUGUGCAUGACAUCGACAGCUUCGAUCGCUUCUGGAACCAGCUGAAGCCGUUUUACCUGGAUUUGCGCGACAAAUUGCCCCCGUCGCCGAACCACGAACCGAUCAUUGGCCUCUCGCUCAUGCGCGAUAUCGCCACAAACGAAAUUUCGGCGUUCCAUAUUGCGCUUGAGAUGCUCCCUGUUGAUUUUGUGCGUGACAGCAAGUAUAUCCAGCACCCUGUCCUGCUUGAGCGGUGGCUCAUGGAGGGGUCCUACUCCAAUGUCUGGCGCGAGCGCCAGAAUGUGCCGCGCAAGGAAUACCAAUACUUUGUCGAUAUGCUCAUCGAGACGAUACGACACGAGAUUGCGUCGUGCGAGGAAAAGGCAUACGAUACGCUGCCUCUGAACGACGUAGCGACGCUCCUUUUCUUCGACUCGCUUCCCGAGGUGCUCACGUUUGCCAAGGAGCGUGGAUGGCAGGUGAAUCCGACGACCCAAACGGUUGAAUUUGCGAACAAGGGCAAGGACAGCGUAAAUGAAGAAAAGAUCCCUAUGCGCGCAACGAUCGCGUCCAGCUUGCAAUACGCGCGCGAGCUGGAGAGUAUUGUGUAG